AGAAGAAAAACGAAACAAAACGCAGUACAAGAUGGCUGCGUUUGGGUGUUGUGGCUACUGAUUUGUGUAAAAUAUUCUGUAGUAAUCAAUGGUUAAUUCGUAGUGAAUCGUUUAAUUUCUAUAAGUUGUCUAUUAGUAUAAUUGAGCUUGUGUAUAACGUGUACGUGUGAAAACAAGUCGCGUUUGGAGGAACAAUGCGAGCACAUCGUUGAAACAUUUAUCACGGUUCAGGGGGUGGAUGAUAGGAAUUUACUGAAAAUCCAAGAUAGAAGCCACUUGAAACACUGGAGAAAGACGGUGGAGCUUCGGAGGAGGAGGAGAUGUCUGCCGGCACCCAGGGCGAGAUUCGGGUUGGCCCUUCGCACCAGGAAUUGGUUUCUUGUCAGGCUCGUUUGCCUGAGUAUCGGCCGGGUAUACCUCCUGGAGAGCUGCUUCCUGAUCCAGAGUUUUCUAAAGAACGAGAAGAGCUAAGAUGGAUUCCAGCUAUGGCAUUAGACGGGGAUCUUCUGAUGUACUUAAGGGCAGCUCGAUCUAUGGCUGCAUUUGCUGGUAUGUGUGAUGGAGGAUCCCCGGAUGACGGUUGUGUGGCUGCUUCACGUGACGACACGACUAUCAAUGCUCUGGAUAUCUUGCACGACUCUGGCUAUGAUCCAGGAAGAGCAUUGCAAGCUUUGGUUAAAUGUCCCGUACCUAAAGGCAUCGAUAAAAAAUGGUCCGAAGAGGAAACUAAACGCUUCGUUAAAGGACUUCGACAAUUUGGAAAAAAUUUCUCAAGGAUCAGAAAGGAUCUCUUACCUCAUAAAGACACGCCGGAAUUGGUUGAAUUCUAUUAUUUGUGGAAGAAAACACCAGGAGCGAAUAAUAAUCGACCUCAUCGAAGAAGACGACAAGGUUCACUUAGGAGAAUUCGUAAUACACGUAAUUCGCGCGCUGGUACUCCCAAAGAGGAAGUUCCAACUCCGCCCAAAGAUACUCCACCAGCUAGUGUCAAUCAGAAAGAGCCUGUUUCAGAACCGGAAACUGUACCUGUUGGAACACCUGCGAGCAAUAAUCCUGGUGGGGAAAUUAGUUCUGUAACAGAGGACGAUAAUUCGGAAGAGGAUAGUGAUUCUAGAGAUACAAACACUAACGGAGCGAUACAUUCUUGUCAACAUUGUUUCUCGACUAAUUCAAAGGAAUAUCAAAUAGCUGGUAAGGAUAGGUUAUUGCUCUGUACGGAAUGCAGGACACAUUUGAAAAAGACUGGAGAAUUACCGCCUGCACCUCCGUAUCUGUUCCGCCCUGUGCCUGCGGAAUCACCAGAUAGCCCAGGGAGAAUGCGUACAAGAAAUAAGGCUAAGGAAACGCCUAGACCUGCAAGACCACGACGUACAGGUGGAACGGAUACUCCUGAUCAAGAAAAGCAACAACAACAACAACAAACACCAGACAAGAAUAAGAAAAAAUCUAAUAAAUCAGAAACACCAAAAAAGGGUCAAAAACGACCACAGACGGAUGACGUGGAUGAAGACAAAGAGUCUCAGAAACGGAAACGUCCUGGUGAACGUCCUGAGAGUCCCUCAGAGUCUCUCACAACUGAUAGUAACUCUCUCAUGGAUGAACCUGAGAGAGAAGGAGAAGGUGAUACAAAUGAAAAUCAACCUACUCCGGUUACAGUGCCAACUGAGGAACCUGUUAGUCCGGCAGUAACUACACCGGAAGAACCUUCCGAACCAACGCCAGUUUCUACUCCCGUACCAACACCUAUACAGACUUUACCAAUUUCUGUUCCUGUUAUUCAUACUUUAGAAGAACCAUUAUUAGAAGAACCAGUAGAAACGAAAGAUCAAAUAGAAGAUGUUCCUUUAGCUAUGAAUCAGCCACUAAAAUUGGAACCUAUGCCAAUAGAACCAGCCAUGUCUCCAUCUAAUGAAGAUAUGAAAGAACCCGAACAACAGCUGAAUUUAACUACAUCACAGUCAUUGAAUAUAAACGAUAUGAGUCAAAACAUACCACGUAAUUUAUCGCAAUCAAUUCAAAAUAGUGGUAUUUGUACCUCGACUGGUCCACAAAGUAUACAGAAUUCGCAGAUUAUGUCUCCGACGCACCAAGGACUGCCACUCAAUAUGCAGUACACAUCCAAUGUUCCUCCUGUUCAAAAUGUACCGCAAAACUUAUCACAAAGUAUGCAAAUGCCGUCGAAUAUACCACAAAAUAUGUCAAAUGCGCAAAAUAUGGGACCAACACAAAAUCUUCGAACACAUGGUGAAAAUUUAUCAAAUACGCAAAAUAUGCCUCAAAGCAUACCGGGACCACCAUUGAAUCUCAAUAUUUCACAAAGUAUACCAACGAACAUGACUCAAAUGCCUCAAAUGCCGAGUUCACCACAACCACUUGGUUUAACCGUGAUGUCUUCGGAAAAUAGGAUGUCCGAAAGAAUUUCUGAUGAUAGACUAUCUUCGGAACGAAUUAGAGAUAGAAUACCUGAAAGAAUACCCGAAAGAAUACCAGAGAGAUCAGAAAAUAAUGAACCUGAAAGAAACGAGUCGAAUAAUUUAUUUCAACCUAUUCAGCCAAGUGGAAUGUUAUCAAUAGAAAAACCAUCUUCAAUGUACAAUUUAGCUAGUACACCACCGAUGGAACCGCAAAAUUUGAAAAUCAAACAAGAGAUCAUUCCUCCUGAACCAGAUCCACUUCAAAGUUUAAAAGAAGUUAAAGUUCCUGGUUUUCAAUCUGGAUUUCCAGGCCCAAGUUUAGAUAAUAUUAAAAAAGAUCCAGAUAGUUCUAGUAAACCGCCGACACCUAGCAAGCACUCCAUAUCUAGCAGUCAAUCUGUACCUCAAAUACAAUCCGUAGCAGCAUCUCCAACUCCAACUCUUCCACCACCACCUACGUCUAUACCUCAGCCAGUGAUGCAUCCAGCCCAACAACCAAGUCCUCAUAUGGCUCAUCCAUUCCAUCCACAUCAUCCCUUAAUGCAUCAUUCAUUAUUUACUGCCAUGCAUCCAUAUCAUCCUCACGCUUAUCCAGGUUAUGCUCCAGUUGGAGCUUAUCCUUCAUUCCCGCCCUAUCCAUACGGUCCAGUUCCGCAUGCAAUUCCACCUCCGUCCCCGCAAAGAAGUCAAGAAAGUACAACAAUGAUGACGGCACAUCAUUCGAGUACGAGUUCUAGUGUGACGACGAGAGAAGAAGGAGAGAAUCUUAUAGCUACGCAUCACCACUCUUCUACUAUGCAUCAAGCUACAGCAUUGCAUCAUGAUAAAUUGUUAACUAUUUCUUCUCAUAGUUCUCAUAGUCAUUCUUCAUCGCAUAGUUCACAUAAUACUCAACGCAAGCCGUCACUAGUUUCAGCUACAUGUUUGACAUCUAGUAGUUCGGCCCAUCAUCAUCAUAGACCGCCGCAAUCUCAACCUCCAAUUGUACCAGAACCAAAAAUAGAACCUGAUUUAGUAGAACAGGAACAAGAAGAGCCACCAAGUCCUCGAGGUCCAUCUCCAGAACCCCGAAUCGAGGAUUCAGAAUGUCACAGAUCACAAUCUGCAAUUUUUCUACGACAUUGGAAUCGAGGCGAAAAUAAUUCUUGUACCAGAACUGAUCUAAUGUUCAAACCUGUUCCGGAUUCGAAAUUAGCAAGAAAACGAGAGGAAAGAUCAAGAAAGCAAGCAGAAAGAGAAAGAGAAGAACGUGAUAGAGCUGCAGCACAACAAGCUAGAAAAAUGACUACACCAGAGAAACAACCAGAGACAUGUAAACCACCUAGUCGAGGACCUCUUGAGCCUGUCGUAUCUCCUUAUGAUAGAUAUGCUGCAAGACCAGGAUCUUACGCGGAUACACCUGCUUUGAGACAAUUAUCCGAGUAUGCUCGACCACAUGCUGCAUUUUCCCCUGCUAGACAUCCUGCGCCGCCAGAUCCAAUGUUACAUUACAUGUAUAGUCCUGCAGCUCGUGAACGCUUGGAAUUGGAACAUUUGGAACGUGAAAAAAGAGAACGAGAAAUCAGAGAAUUACGCGAACGAGAAUUAAAUGAUCGGCUAAAAGAGGAACUCUUGAAAGGAACACCUAGACCAAUGCCAGCACCAGUGGAUCCACAUUGGCUAGAGAUACAUCGACGUUAUGCGGCUGCAGGACUUGCACCUGGACCUUCAGGUCCUCCUCAAGCUUUACACCAAUUCGGUCUUUACGGUGCACCACCGGGACCAAGUCAAUUGGAAAGAGAACGUUUAGAAAGAUUAGGGAUACCGACUGCAGCCGGCGGGGGGCCAGCGGGUGCAGGGGCUGGCCAUCCCGUGGCGGCUCAUCACCACGGCCAGCUGGACGAGCGACUGGCUCUAGCUGCUGACCCGAUGGUCCGGUUGCAGAUGGCUGGCAUUUCGCCCGAGUAUCAUGCUCACACUCACGCGCAUACGCAUGCGCAUACGCACUUACACUUACAUCCGGGACAGCAGCAGGCCCAGCAACAGGCUCAGCAACAGCAGGAAGCGGCUGCGGCUGCAGCUGGAUUCCCCCUGCCUGCGGCAGCUGGUGCAAAUUAUCCUCGACCAGGCUUAAUGCCCCGUGACCCAGCACUGGCUCUUCAUCCCGCAGAACUUCUUGCAAGACCGUAUGCGGAUAUGGCAGCGCAUCACGAGCAAUUACAACGUCAUCUUAUGAUGGAACGCGAUCGAUUCCCUCCUCAUGCAUCACUUGUUGCACACCACGAGGAAUAUCUAAGACAACAGCGUGAGCGCGAGCUUAAAGUUCGCGCACUGGAAGAAGCUGCACGUGGAUCACGUCCUUAAGUGUAAUUGUAUUUAUAUAUUUUAAUAAUUAUCCUUCAUAAUUAGGGAUGAGACGGUCCUCGUUAUAAGUAAUUAACGAGUUUCAUACGAUGAUCCUAAUGAAAGGAAUAUCGUAGUUAAAAAAAAAAAAAAGAAAAAAAGAAUAAAAAGGAAAAAAAAA